CUCAGGGAUGCUGGGAUUCUGUGCCUGUAACACUCCUGCAGCAGGGAAUUCUUUGGCUGCAGGAAAUAUCCCUCUGGAGGCAGGCUAAGCUAACCUGGGCAGGGAGGGACCAAAUCCCUGCUCUGCAGCUGAUGUGUCCCAGCCCUGCCUGGCAGGGGCUGAGGCUUCCCCUGAGGCCGCACAAAUGCCAGCUGGGUCUGCUCCAGCCCUUGGCACUUGUCAGCCUGGGCCAGGGGGUGGCUGCUCCUGGCAGGCUGGAGCUCUCCAUAUCCAAACUGUAGUGAUUGUUUGGAGGCCGUGGAGCAGGAUUUGUGUGUCCACAUGCCAAGGGAAAAGCAAUCCAGGCCCCUGCUCUGGUUGGGUGUUGAAUGUCCUCUGCCAAAGCCCAGAGCUCUGUUCCUAUCAGAUGUGGAAUGUCCCCUGCCAAGAAAGCUGCAGCCAGGCACUGCUAUUCAGGCACUGCUAUUUCUGACUGGAAACUUGCAGUUGGAUGCCAGAGGUCAGGUUCUUAACAAGUGUUAGUCAAUCAUCUGGCUCCAAAAAAUAGAUUCACUUUAUGCUGCAGUAAAAGGCCUGAUUUCCAGGAAUUACCCCGCUCCCUCUGGAACGGGUGAAGCCCCACCCCACGAUAGCCAAGGCUGCAUAAAGAGGGGCUGUGCUGGACUUGUCCCUGUGCAGGAGCUGCGGGACACGGCGGGAGAAGGAUUUUGGGCCUUUCCUUCCUGCUGCUCUUCCUCCUGAGCUCUCCAGUGGUUCCCAUCUUCUUCUGCACAGCCUGCCGUGUGCCCCAGGCCUGCCCCUGCUGCUGUGCUGUGUCCCCUGAGCUGGGGCCCUGGGCUGCCGGUGUCUGCUGGAAGCCAAGGCUGGGAGAACAGGAGCAUCUGCUGUGAGGAUUUUGGGCCUUUCCUUCCUGCUGCUCUUCCUCCUGAGCUCUCCAGUGGUUCCCAUCUUCUUCUGCACACCCUGCCGUGUGCCCCAGGCCUGCCCUGCUGCUGUGCUGUGUCCCCUGAGCUGGGGCCCUGGGCUGCCGGUGUCUGCUGGAAGCCAAGGCUGGGAGAACGGGAGCAUCUGCUGUGAGGAUUUUGGGCCUUUCCUUCCUGCUGCUCUCCCUCCUGAGCUCUCCAGUGGUUCCCAUCUCCUUCUGCACAGCCUGCCGUGUGCCCCAGGCCUGCCCCUGCUGCUGUGCUGUGUCCCCUGAGCUGGGGCCCUGGGCUGCCGGUGUCUGCUGGAAGCCAAGGCUGGGAGAACGGGAGCAUCUGCUGUGAGGAUUUUGGGCCUUUCCUUCCUGCUGCUCUUCCUCCUGAGCUCUCCAGUGGUUCCCAUCUUCUUCUGCACAGCCUGCCGUGUGCCCCAGGCCUGCCCCUGCUGCUGUGCUGUGUCCCCUGAGCUGGGGCCCUGGGCUGCCGGUGUCUGCUGGAAGCCAAGGCUGGGAGAACGGGAGCAUCUGCUGUGAGCCAUGGCUUCACAAAAGGACACACAAGAGGGAGAUGCAAAGGCACAGCUCCUGGCAGAGGCACUUCAGAAGGAAGGACUGGAUGCUGGAUACUGGCUGCACAAAGUGUCACAGAUCCUGGGAAUCGAGUGCAGAGAAGCCCUGCAACAUCUGGAACAUAAAGACUACCUCAAGCUGGAGUGUGAGGUACGGCACCCCUGGGAGAAAAAGGCGCUCCAGAAACUCCUGAACAUAACCAAUGAAAAAACAUGUGAGGAGUUUCAAAAGCAUAAUUCAGAGAAGACAGAGCAAAGGCAAGAAAUGGCCAAACAAGCCCUUAAUGAUCUGACAGAAAUGCUCAACAGCCGCAGCCACAGUCAGGAUGCACUCAGAGAGAAAGCAGAGACUCUGUGGCGAGCCAUGGAGAUUCCCAAAGAGUUCUGGCCAUCACGAAAGGAACCCCUGGUGGAAAUGCUGGAGAGCAUCCAUAAGCAGCUGGAGCAGCAGCAGGAGAUGUCAGCAGGCAGGAGGGAGAACAUCCCUGACACCGAGGUGCUGAGGCGGGCGUCGGGGGGACUGGCCCUGCAGGGCAUCUACAGAACCAGCAGAGCUGGAGAUGUGCUGGCAACGCAAGAGCAGCUCCUCAGGGUUCCUGAGGGAUUCCAGCUCGCUGGUCCAAAGCAAGGAUCGCAACUUGAGAGGAGGGAGUUCUCCUCCUCUGCAGAAGAAUCCACUUUCACAAAGUCCAUGGAGCAGCUGGGGUUCAGCAUGAGCUUUUCUGCUAAAUUCUGUGCAUUCUGGGGGAUUAAUCUGAAACAGAGUAUAAAUCCCGGCAUCUCCUCGCAGUCACAGGACACCCACCAGUCCCACUCUGAGCAGAGCUACUUCUGCACCACCAAGUUCCAGUACAUCCCCCUGGCCUCCUGCUACUUCCAAAGGCAUCAGCUUCGCCUCUCGGAUGCGGCUCUUCGGGAGCUGCAAGACAUGGAACAAAUUGUGGGCUUCACUCAGAAAGAAGACAACCCCACCUUUGUGAAGAUGUGUGAGAGCUUCUUCAGCAGGUUUGGGUCCCACAUAAACCAGGGUCCCCUCCACUUUGGGGGGAUAUUCUGGUGGAAGGCGUCCACAGAAGGAUUCCAAGACAAGCAGCGGGAAGAGGUGAAGCGACAAACGUCUGCAGCACUGAAUAGCAUUGUCAGGAAAAGCUAUGGUGACUUUCUGGAAAGUGCUGAAGACACUCUGGAUAUUUCUGCAUCCACCUCAAAGGCUUCUGUCCGGAGAAAAGCUGGAGAAAGAUCCCAUUCAGCCAUUCAGCUCUACAUGGUCAACACAGGGGGCCCAGCAGACACAACUUCUCUUCUUCAGUGGAAAACGGGGCUUGUGUCUGAUAACACAACGUGGUGCGUUAUCAACCGCGGCUCUGAGCUGAUCCCAGUGUGGGACGUCAUCCUGUGCAAUCACUGCGGGGAUUUUGAGUCUGUUGCUCAGAUGAGCAGAGCCCUCAGGGAUGCGUACAGUGCGCUGACAAAUGAGAGCGUUGGCACCAUUUUUGGAGAGGAACUGGGCAGUGCAGCACAAGAGGCCAGAGAUUUCAUGGAGACUGUGAAGGCCUGGGAGGUGACGGCAGAUGAGCAGAAGCUGCUCAUGCUGAUGGAGCUCAAAGAUGAUCUGAAUGCAAAAACCAGUAACAACAGUGUGUGGAUCAACGUGUGCCUGUCCCACAAAGCCCUGCAGGACUUCCUGGUGAACACCGUGCGGAGCUGCCAGGAGUCACCUCCAGAAAACACCACCUUAAUCAAGGUAAUGCUGAGAAGCCUCCUGGAUCCUCAUAUCCACUCUGUUGAGGACUUCCCUGAAGCUUCCUUCAUUAUGCAAUGGAUCUUCCAGACUGAUUACCCACUUCUCAAACUUCCCAAAAUCUCUGAGCUACAAGGCCUCAUCCAAACACUGCAGGAAAUGAAGGAGCACAUCUAUGCUGUCACCUACGCACCAGGAAGCUCUGCUUCUGCUGUUCAUGAAGCAAAGAAAAAAGCCACCCUGAGCAGCAGCCUCGCCAUUUAUUCCAUUCUCCAGUCUCUCCAGGAACGGGCUGAGAAGGACAUGGAACUGUUGGUGCUCUUGAUUGUGACCAGCACAGGGUACCAGGUGGAAAGCAGCACUUUCCAGCACCUCCUUGGACACCCAGAAAUUCAGUACAUGGCCAAGGAAAUGGAAGCGGCACACAAGGAGUACGUGAACCUGAAGGAGCAGGAUGCUGAAAGAGCUGAGGCCUCCCUUCUGCUGAUGGGUCUGACUGUGACACCAGAAAAUCAAACGCUGACCCCUGAGCAGAAGAGGGAGCGUUUGGUUUUCAUGGAAGAUCACAUGAAAGGCUUGUGGUCCACACAGAUAAAGAAUCUCCUCCAAAAGCACAGAGCAGGCACAGACUGGGAAAGGCUGGAACAGGACUUGCAUUCCUUGAUCAGUGGGUGCUUGGAUGACAAAGGGGAUGAACAGAAGAUGCAGAACAUACGCACGGACCUGGAAGAAACUUUUGCAAAACCUGAGCCACUGAGUGAGUCCCAAUGCAAGUCAGACAGCAGCCAAUCCAAAGGAAAUGAAGCCACUGCAAACCAGGAGUUCCUCCAGUUGCUGAAGCGCCUUGGACUCGAAAGUCACUAUCCAAGAAAAAUGGGGAUGGGAGAUUUCCGCACCAUCUACAAGACAUCUCUGCAGGACAGCCAGCCCAGCAAGGACAAGGAACUGCCAUUAUACUUCUUGCAAAAGCUGUUAACGGUGGAUUACCAGGUGAAGUACCUGACUUGCUGGGAUGAGAACAACCCAGGCCUUGCUGUCAUUCCAGAAAUCCGAGGGCAAAAGGACCACUACUCAAACUCCAUUGAAAACUUCCAUGAUAAUCUGAUGAGAGCAGCCCUUGAAUGUACAAGCAGGGACGGCCCAGUGCACCCCAUGGACCUGCAGAUGGCCAUUUUCCACUGUGCUGAUGACUUCCUGAGACAGACCCUUGCAACCAAGCUGGCGUUCUGCCAACUGGCGCUGCCUCUGCUGCUGCCCAACCCGGGCACUUCACACAUUGAGUUCCCGCUCUACGCCCUCAGCCAAAUCCAAAGGAGCUGGAUAGAGGUGGAGAAGUCAGGACAGCAGGCCCAAACAAAGAGUUACAACAACAAACUCAUCUUCCAGGCACAGACUCCCAUCGUCUCCUUCAUCCGCAUUGGCAGCUCGGCCUCCUCUUCCAAGUCUCAGCUCCUGAACGCUCUGCUGAGCAAACGCAAACACGACACUUUCUUCCACCGCCACUGCAGAGGCAGCACCAGAGAGCGCUUGCUGAUGGAAGGGGUGGUGGAGAUCGCCUGGUACUGCCCCCGUGGAAGCCCUGAUGACACCUUUGAGAGCUGCGUGGCUUUCUGUAACCUGCAUGGAGACGCCAGGGAUCACGGAGCACAGCUGCAGUUCCUGCAGGACAUAUCUGCUGUCAACGUGGCUCUUGUGUCUGAUUUGGAGCACAUGGACAGCAGGGGGGAAAAGCUUCUGGAGGAUCUGCGGCUGUUACAAAGGCCUUUGAUUUGUCUUCUCAUGGAAAAAGGGAACACUGCAGCAGGACAAUCCAGCAAAAUCUUAACAAUAAGUAUUGGGAACAGAAACGAAGCAGAACUGUUGGACCAGCUUAUCAAAAUGAUCAGGGGUCUCCUGGAAGGGUCGAAUCCAUGUUUCAGCCUGGAGGCCUGCGCGGACAAAGCUCGCCAGCAUGGAUUUGUGGUGGAUGCAGAUAAACCUGCAUGUGUGACAGCCAAAGCAAAGGCAAAGGAGCUGGUGGAACUUCUGAAGAAAGAGAAACUGUCUGAGAUUAAAUCCCAGCUGCUGCCACUUCAAGGAAAACUGUGGUACCAGUGGUGCAAAAAGGACAAAGAACUCACUCGCCUGCAGGAGAAGGGGAACAAGAGCAUUGAGCAACAUCGCAGUCAAAUUGAAUAUGAGAAGAAAGCAAUAAGAAGAAAGCAACUUGAGCAAGCCUUCCCUCUCAACAAACUGAUGAAAUCAUUCCUUGGCUUUCUCCAUACGCAGCCCACAGAUACCAAGAAAUACUUCCUGCAGUGGAUGAAGGUGUUAACGGACGAGCUGUCCUGUUGUCAUCUUGAAGAACUGAGGAGAGACUAUCACAAGAUAUGGACUGAAAUCCCCUCAGAAAAGGAAAGUAAUAAAAACUCCAAGGUGAAUGAUGCAUUGCUGAGUCGCUUGGAUGCCAUCUCUGAUGAAAUCAACGAUUCAUCCAUUGGCCUGGAGCACCUUCUGAGGGAAGUAGGGCAGAUUUACGAAGCUCUGGAAUUGAUGAACUACAAGCAAGACAAUUUUGCCAAACUGCCAGGAAUUGCAGCAGAGCUGAUGGUUUUGGGGUACCCUGUGGAGUUGAUGGAUGGAGACACUUCUUAUGUGCCCCUGCGCUGGGUGGGAGCAAUCUUUGACAGCUUAAUUGAGAGGCUGGGGGACAAACGAGUGUUUGUGCUCUCUGUGCUCGGCAUCCAGAGCUCAGGAAAGUCCACCCUGCUGAAUGCCAUGUUUGGUCUGCAGUUCAACGUCAGCGCGGGGAGAUGCACCCGCGGAGCCUUCAUGCAGCUCAUCCCAGUGGGCCAGGAGCUGCAGCAAGACUUGGGCUUUAAUUUUGUGCUGGUGGUUGACACAGAGGGACUUCGUGCCAUCAAGAUGGCCAAUAAACAGUCCCUGAACCAUGACAAUGAGCUGGCCACCUUUGUCAUUGGUGUGAGCAACUUGACUGUGAUCAAUAUCUUUGGAGAAAAUCCAUCAGAAAUGCAAGAUGUUCUCCAGAUCGCUGUGCAGGCUUUCCAGAGGAUGAAGAAAGUCAAUCUUUCCCCAAGUUGCAUCUUUGUGCACCAAAACGUGGGAGAGGCAACUGUGAAGGAGCAGAACAUGGGAGGACAAAGGCGUUUGCAGGAAAAGUUGGAUGAAAUGACCGUGUUAGCUGCCCAGCAGGAAUUCUGUGACAUCUCCUCCUUCAGCGAGGUCAUUGGCUUUGAUGUGAACACCCACAUUAACUACUUUGCUCACCUGUGGGAAGGAAACCCCCCAAUGGCACCACCCAACCCCACCUACAGCCAGAAUGUCCAGCAACUCAAGAGCAAAAUCCUCCAGGCUGCCAAGCAGCAGUCACAGUGCAGCAUUUUGACGUUCUUCAGUCUGAAAGAUCGUAUUGGUGAUCUCUGGAAUGCUUUGCUGAAUGAAAACUUUGUCUUCAGCUUCAAGAAUUCCCUGGAGAUUGCUGCAUACAGGAAACUGGAAAGUGCCUUUAGUCAGUGGAGCUGGAGGCUGAGGAGUCACUUCUUAGAUGUACAGAUGAGACUGAACAGCAAAAUUCAGAAUGGGUACAUGCAGAAUGUCACCAGAGAAUACCUUGAAGGGCUGGUGCAAGAGACAGGUGAUGCCAUUGAGAAAGAAGUGGAAAAAUAUUUCAGGGAAGACAAAAACUGUGAGACACUGGUCCAGUGGAAAUCAAGCACAGAGCUGAAGCUGAAAGAACUAAAAGACACUCUUCUUCAUGAAACAAAACAGAAAUGUGAGUAUCUGAUUGAGCUACAGAAUUUGCAGAGGAAACUGGAUGCAAGGAAGUGUGAAUAUGAAGAUGAGCUCCUGAGAAGGAGUAGGGAGCUGGCUGUGACUCUGAAAGGGAAGAGCCUCAGUGAGACACAACUGAAGAACUACUUCACUCUUGUCUGGAACAGUUGGAUUGCUGAAGUCUCCCAUGCUGCUUGUCCUCCAGAACGGGUGGAUAUCGAUGCAGAAAUUGAAGAUGUCCUUCUAGAGCAAUUUAAGGAGCCAGGUUUCCAUGCACGGAUCAGGUCAUUUCCCAAAGACAGAGCAUUUUCUUUUGACAUGGAGAAACACAUCACAAAGAAAAUGUGUUUAGGCUGUUUCUCAGAACUCAAGAGCAUUUCCAAUGCUUAUGUGAACAACUUUGAGCACAUCACAGACAACAUCAUAGCGCGUGUGAAGGCAAACAUUGAUAAGAAGGAGGAGGAGAAACAGGACUACAGUAGAAAUUUUAUUCAUGAAAUACUCAAUGAAGUACAGAAAGGUGUGAACUUCAUCCCCAGCUAUGCAAAGUGGACUUUUAACAGAGAGUACAGCAUGGAUUUGUCUCUGUAUCUGUGCAAAAUGGCAGCAGAAAGGUUUAAAGUCAUGCAUGAAGAAUUCCGAAAGGCAAAUGACCUAGUCAUGUACCUGAGCAGCAAGAGAGAAGAUUUCUUCCAAUGUUUCCAGAUCUCCUACCAAGGAGCCACUUCAGUCACAACUUUUGUUGUUUUCCUUUGUGACAAGAUUGAACCAGCUCUUCGCAGGGCAGUCUUUGAGAGGACGGGUAAAAACAUUGCUGAGGACAUUAAGAGCAAAUUCCCAGACUUCAGGGGCAACAGAGCCAAUCUGGAAGUUUACAUCCUGAGAUACCUGGCAGAACAAGAAAAUUUUGAGUAUUUCAAGCAGUACCUUACAUCUCCAAAAGAGUUUUUUCAGAGUUACAUUGAGACACGAGUUAAGAGUCAUUAUUUAGAUGGGAAUAGGAGGCUGAGGAUGUUUUUAGAUUUCUCGCUUAAUUCUCUCUAUGGAAACAUCCUGUCAGCUGUUUCCUCAUCAACCCAAAUUGUCAAAGACAGAAAAGACAGAGAAGACAAAAUCUCCCUUUGGCUGGAUGAAUUUUGCAGGCAACUGGCAGAGGUGAUCAACUUGCCCAGAAGUGAGCUGAAGGGCAUCGAGCACCAGGAGGUCACAGACAUUGAGUUCCUGAGCAGUGCCAUGGCAAAAGCUGUCUAUGACCUGAGGGACAGGCUCAAGAAAGAAUUGGCUGAUGCUGACAUGAGCUCAUUUUCAAAGCAGCCUCACACCAUCCUGGUAGAGCAUUUUUCGGGUUGCUGGGAGCAGUGUCCCUUUUGUGGGGUGGUCUGCAAAUACACCACGCAGGAUCAUGAGGGAGACCAUCAGUCAGUCUUCCAUCGACCACAAGCUUUAAAGGGAGACAGAUGGUGGCUAUGUUUACCUUGCAUUACUUAUGAUACACGCCAACUGAACAUUUAUACUUGUUCCAGCCAUGUUGCAAGAAACUCUGAAUUGAGAGGUGGUGGUCACCAAUGGAUCUCUUACAAAACAUACCAUGAUUUUGGACCACCUGUGUCUACUUGGAACAUUCUUCCUGAUUCACCCACCCAGGCGUACUGGAAAUGGUUUUUGUCUCGUUUCAGGACACAGCUGGAAGAUUUGUACAAUGGGAAAUUUCAGGGCAAAGGAGAAAUCCCUGAGGCGUGGCGGAGAAUUACCAAGCAGGAAGCACUGUCUGAGCUGGACAGCCUUUAGGCCACAUCCAUGGGAAGGAAGAACCACAGUGGCUUUGCAGUUUAGGAGAACUUUGUACCAGGCUCUCCACAAAAUGCAG